GCAGAACUGCGAGAAUCAGAAAAAUAUAUAUAUAUAAUAUUUCGUUAACGUCGUGUCCAUUUGCACCUCAAAAUUUUGUCUGUCUUCUGCAAAAAUUCCCAUAGCAGCUUUUUUAAUAUUUUCGGGAUCGCUCGCUCACCCCUAUAUAUUCCUUUCCUCGCUCAUUGAAGAUUAAGCUUCAGGUGUCAACAGCAUAGAAGAACCUUUCUCCAAAUUUUCAUUUGUUUUCUGGUUUGGACUCUCUACUUUCCCUCCGUUUCUCAGCAACCAAACAGAGUUUUGGGAUUUUCUCUUUCAGGUUCUUGUUUGUUUUGCGGGAAAAUUUAACCAUGAAGGUAUAUCCUGUGGCGGGCGGGCUUGCCCUUCGAUACGACGUUGCUGCGAGGCUCUCUGGCGGCAUCCGGAAGGAGCUGAGACGGCUCCCCCACGUUUUCACUAGCGUCCUGCAGCUGCCGCUCCGGUCCGACGCCGACGUCGCCGUCGAGGAGAGCCCCGACUGCUUCCGAUUCGUCGCCGAGUCGGACGAGUUCCGCGAAGUGAGGGCUCGGAUAAUUGAGAUUCAUCCGGGGCUCGUGAAGGUCGUGGUGGGAGAAGCGCGCGGUGUUGAGUCGCGGGCGGAGGAGCUCGACCUGGAGCUCGACGUCUGGAGGCUGCGGCUGCCGGCGACGGCGAGGCCGCAGCUGGCGAGCGCGGCUUGUGCCGGCGGGGAGCUCGUCGUGACGGUGCCGAAAUACGGGCAGCCGGGGAGGGAGAUCGGGAGAUUGGAUUGUGGGGAUGGCGAUGAAGGUGGGUUUUGGGGUGGCGGGAAGGGGGACAUGAUGGGGGAAGUGGGUCGGCCUGUGCUUGUGCUUGUGCAGUGAAAACUGUGAAAUCUUUUUCGAAAUUUCUCUGUUGGUUUGAAUCCGAAUUAGGCUCAAGUGUUUUACAAGAGUUGUUUUUUAACAACUAUCAAGGAGGCCAAUUCCAACAUCUAAGAUGUGCUUCCGCAAUAAAAGAAAAAAAUCAGUGUUUUUCUGUUGGGUA